AUGAUCGCGAAGGGAGAAUCGACCGCGCUGAGGUGGAAUGAUGAGACGGACAGACAGACGGCGUGUGGUGGAGAUGAGCAUCGGAGAAAAGAACUAGUGAAGGCAAGAGAGCGUGCAGCCAAACGAUUGAGGCUCUACGACACAAAGCAGGGGUUGAAGUCACUUUGUUCAUGUGACGUCGACAAGUCGGCGCUGUAUGUGAAACCGAGUGGAACAACAGCAGACCGUUUGGAGCUGGACAUUUACCAGCAGUUUGUCAUAAUUCCAAAGCAUGUUCCCUACUGCAGUGUUCCCUUCUGCACUGUUCCCUACUGCACUGUUCCCUUCUGCACCGUUCCCUACUGUACUGUUCCCUACUGCACCGUUCCCUACUGCACCGUUCCCUACUGCACCGUUCCCUACUGCACCGUUCCCUACUGCACUGUUCCCUACUGCACCGUUCCCUACUGCACCGUUCCCUACUGCACCGUUCCCUACUGCACCGUUCCCUACUGUACUGUUCCCUACUGCACUGUUCCCUACUGCACUGUUCCCUUCUGCACUGUUCCCUACUGCACUGUUCCCUACUGCAAUGUUCCCUACUGCACUGUUCCCUUCUGCACCGUUCCCUACUGUACUGUUCCCUACUGCACCGUUCCCUACUGCACCGUUCCCUACUGCACUGUUCCCUACUGCACCGUUCCCUACUGCACUGUUCCCUACUGCACCGUUCCCUACUGCACCGUUCCCUACUGCACUGUUCCCUACUGCAAUGUUCCCUACUGCACUGUUCCCUAUUGCACUGUUCCCUACUGCACUAUUCCCUACUGUACUGUUCCCUACUGCACUGUUCCCUUCUGCACUGUUCCCUACUGCACUGUUCCCUACUGCACUGUUCCCUACUGCACUAUUCCCUACUGUACUGUUCCCUACUGCACUGUUUCCUUCUGCACCGUUCCCUACUGCACUGUUCCCUAUUGCACUGUUCCCUACUGCACUGUUCCCUACUGCACUGUUCCCUACUGCACCGUUCCCUACUGCACCGUUCCCUACUGCACCGUUCCCUACUGCACUGUUCCCUACUGCAAUGUUCCCUACUGCACUGUUCCCUAUUGCACUGUUCCCAACUGCACUAUUCCCUUCUGCACUGUUCCCUACUGUACUGUUCCCUACUGCACUGUUCCCUUCUGCACUGUUCCCUACUGCACUGUUCCCUACUGCACUGUUUCCUUCUGCACCGUUCCCUACUGCACUGUUCCCUAUUGCACUGUUCCCUUCUGCACUGUUCCCUAUUGCACCGUUCCCUACUGCACUGUUCCCUACUGCACUGUUCCCUACUGCACCGUUCCCUAUUGCACCGUUCCCUACUGCACUGUUCCCUACUGCACUGUUCCCUACUGCACUGUUCCCUUCUGCACUGUUCCCUACUGCACUGUUCCCUUCUGCACCGUUCCCUACUGUACUGUUCCCUACUGCACCGUUCCCUACUGCACCGUUCCCUACUGCACCGUUCCCUACUGCACCGUUCCCUACUGCACCGUUCCCUACUGUACUCACUUCCGCUUCUACUUUUCUGAAGUGAACACUGAUGCCUGGGACUGGGUGCGCGACCCCUUUGCACCUGGAUCACCCAAUAGCCUCACAGUGCGUCGCUAUGAUGUUUGGGUUGACGGACUUAACGCGCGCAAUAAGUCCACUUUUCCGCCCUGUCAUAGCGGCUGCACCAUCCGUGCAAACAGCCACACACCUGUCCCAGCUCAGACUCGCAUCUGUCAUGAAAGCGUCUACAAGUCUGAAUACCUCCUUGCCCGUUGUUCUCCCAGAGAACCACUGCCCUACUGCACUGUUCCCUACUGCAAUGUUCCCUACUGCACUGUUCCCUAUUGCACUGUUCCCUACUGCACUAUUCCCUACUGUACUGUUCCCUACUGCACUGUUCCCUUCUGCACUGUUCCCUACUGCACUGUUCCCUACUGCACUGUUCCCUACUGCACUGUUCCCUAUUGCACUGUUCCCUACUGCACUAUUCCCUACUGUACUGUUCCCUACUGCACUGUUUCCUUCUGCACCGUUCCCUACUGCACCGUUCCCUACUGCACUGUUCCCUACUGCACUGUUCCCUACUGCACUGUUCCCUACUGCACCGUUCCCUACUGCACCGUUCCCUACUGCACCGUUCCCUACUGCACUGUUCCCUACUGCACUGUUCCCUAUUGCACUGUUCCCUACUGCACUAUUCCCUACUGUACUGUUCCCUACUGCACUGUUUCCUUCUGCACCGUUCCCUACUGCACUGUUCCCUUCUGCACUGUUCCCUACUGCACUGUUCCCUUCUGCACCGUUCCCUACUGUACUGUUCCCUACUGCACCGUUCCCUACUGCACCGUUCCCUACUGCACCGUUCCCUACUGCACCGUUCCCUACUGUACUGUUCCCUACUGCACUGUUCCCUAUUGCACUGUUCCCUUCUGCACUGUUCCCUUCUGCACUGUUCCCUUCUGCACUGUUCCCUAUUGCACCGUUCCCUACUGCACUGUUCCCUACUGCACUGUUCCCUACUGCACCGUUCCCUAUUGCACCGUUCCCUACUGCACUGUUCCCUACUGCACUGUUCCCUACUGCACUGUUCCCUUCUGCACUGUUCCCUACUGCACUGUUCCCUUCUGCACCGUUCCCUACUGUACUGUUCCCUACUGCACCGUUCCCUACUGCACCGUUCCCUACUGCACCGUUCCCUACUGCACCGUUCCCUACUGUACUGUUCCCUACUGCACUGUUCCCUACUGCACUGUUCCCUUCUGCACCGUUCCCUACUGCACUGUUCCCUUCUGCACCGUUCCCUACUGUACUGUUCCCUACUGCACCGUUCCCUACUGCACCGUUCCCUACUGCACUGUUCCCUACUGCACCGUUCCCUACUGCACCGUUCCCUACUGCACCGUUCCCUACUGCACCGUUCCCUACUGCACCGUUCCCUACUGCACCGUUCCCUACUGCACCGUUCCCUACUGCACCGUUCCCUACUGCACCGUUCCCUACUGCACUGUUCCCUACUGCAAUGUUCCCUACUGCACUGUUCCCUAUUGCACUGUUCCCUACUGCACUAUUCCCUACUGUACUGUUCCCUACUGCACUGUUCCCUACUGCACUGUUCCCUACUGCACUGUUCCCUACUGCACUGUUCCCUACUGCAAUGUUCCCUACUGCACUGUUCCCUAUUGCACUGUUCCCUACUGCACUAUUCCCUACUGUACUGUUCCCUACUGCACUGUUUCCUUCUGCACCGUUCCCUACUGCACCGUUCCCUACUGCACUGUUCCCUACUGCACUGUUCCCUACUGCACUGUUCCCUACUGCACCGUUCCCUACUGCACCGUUCCCUACUGCACCGUUCCCUACUGCACUGUUCCCUACUGCACUGUUCCCUACUGCAAUGUUCCCUACUGCACUGUUCCCUAUUGCACUGUUCCCUACUGCACUGUUCCCUACUGCACUGUUUCCUUCUGCACCGUUCCCUACUGCACCGUUCCCUACUGCACCGUUCCCUACUGCACCGUUCCCUACUGCACCGUUCCCUACUGCACCGUUCCCUACUGCACCGUUCCCUACUGCACCGUUCCCUACUGCACUGUUCCCUACUGCACCGUUCCCUACUGCACCGUUCCCUACUGCACCGUUCCCUACUGCACCGUUCCCUACUGCACCGUUCCCUACUGCACUGUUCCCUAUUGCACUGUUCCCUACUGCACCGUUCCCUACUGCACCGUUCCCUACUGCACCGUUCCCUACUGCACUGUUCCCUACUGCAAUGUUCCCUACUGCACUGUUCCCUAUUGCACUGUUCCCUACUGCACUGUUCCCUUCUGCACCGUUCCCUACUGCACCGUUCCCUACUGCACCGUUCCCUACUGCACCGUUCCCUACUGCACCGUUCCCUACUGCACCGUUCCCUACUGCACUGUUCCCUACUGCACUGUUCCCUAUUGCACUGUUCCCUACUGCACCGUUCCCUACUGCACCGUUCCCUACUGCACCGUUCCCUACUGCACUGUUCCCUACUGCAAUGUUCCCUAUUGCACUGUUCCCUACUGCACUAUUCCCUUCUGCACUGUUCCCUACUGCAAUGUUCCCUACUGCACUGUUCCCUAUUGCACUGUUCCCUACUGCACUAUUCCCUUCUGCACUGUUCCCUACUGCACCGUUCCCUACUGCACCGUUCCCUACUGCACCGUUCCCUACUGCACUGUUCCCUAUUGCACUGUUCCCUACUGCACCGUUCCCUACUGCAAUGUUCCCUACUGCACUGUUCCCUAUUGCACUGUUCCCUACUGCACUAUUCCCUUCUGCACUGUUCCCUACUGCACUGUUUCCUUCUGCACCGUUCCCUACUGCACCGUUCCCUACUGCACCGUUCCCUACUGCACCGUUCCCGACUGCACCGUUCCCUACUGCACCGUUCCCUACUGCACCGUUCCCUACUGCACUGUUCCCUACUGCACUGUUCCCUACUGCACUAUUCCCUUCUGCACUGUUCCCUACUGCAAUGUUCCCUACUGCACUGUUCCCUAUUGCACCGUUCCCUACUGCACUGUUCCCUACUGCACCGUUCCCUACUGCACCGUUCCCUACUGCACCGUUCCCUACUGCACUGUUCCCUUCUGCACUGUUCCCUACUGCACUGUUCCCUACUGUACCGUUCCCUACUGCACUGUUCCCUAUUGCACUGUUCCCUACUGCACUGUUUCCUUCUGCACCGUUCCCUACUGUACUGUUCCCUACUGCACCGUUCCCUACUGCACCGUUCCCUACUGCACCGUUCCCUAG